AUGCUAGCUAAAGUGACAAUUCUUUUGCUAGGGUUCUGCAUUUUCUCCGCAACCGGUCAACGAUGGAGAGUGGAUCGACAGAAUCUUCGAAAGGACCAAAUCCAUCAUUCACUACAAACCAGCGAAAGGAACUUCGAGUCCUACCGACUGCCGAAUACAACCGUGCCAACUCACUACAAUCUGUUUCUAGAUAGCAACGUUCAUCUGAAUGACUUCACCUUCACCGGAAGCGUCCAAAUCCAGAUAACCAUUCUGGAGAAUACGAAGCAAAUUGUACUGCACAGUUCCCGGAACCGAAUCACCAGUGUGCGAUUGUAUAAAUCGAACCAGUUGCAGGAGCCGUUAGACGGUGUCGACCAGGACGACGAGAAGGAGUUUCUAGUUAUCAAUACUAAGGCAACUCUGCUGAGAAAUUCCAACUAUCGACUGGUGGUUGAUUUUUCCGGCGAUCUCCGGGACGAUAUGCUCGGUUUCUAUCGGUCAUCCUACGUCAAUGCAGAAGGAUCUGUCAAGCACAUUGCAGUAACUCAGUUUGCAGCGAGCUUCGCUCGGAGUGCCUUCCCCUGCUUCGAUGAGCCCGGUAUUAGGGCUAACUUUUCGAUUAGCAUCAGCUGUGGAUGGGACUACAAAGCGACGUCCAAUAUGCCGAUUCUGGGAAUCACGAUUCAACCAAACGAGAAAAAACUAACCGUUUUUGAGACAACGCCGCGAAUGCCAACCUAUCUGGUUGCAUUUAUGAUAAGUGAUUUCGUCAGCAAACGGAUCACGUUGCAAGAGCCAAAGAAGCUGGAGAUGUGGAUUUAUGCACGAUCAACAGCUUACGAUGAGCUGGAGCUGGGUUUACAGACAGGGGCUAAAGCAAUCCGAGCAAUCGAACAAUACUUCGAUCGAACCUAUGACCUGCCAAAAUUGGAUCAGGUGGCCGUUCCCGAUUUCUAUUUUGGUGCCAUGGAGAAUUGGGGCUUGGUGAAGUAUGGUGAAUCGCAUCUGCUGUUCAAUGAGGAAACCGGCACUAACCUGCAGAAGGAAGAUGUCACAAGCAUAAUCACUCACGAGUUUGUUCAUCAGUUUUUCGGCAAUCUUGUGACUCCACGCUGGUGGACGGAUGUUUUCCUUAGCGAGGGUUUUGCCACACUGUACGAGUACUAUAUCGGAGCUGAGGUUGAACCCCCAAUACGGUACAAAGAGAUGUUCCCCGUGGAAGCUUCGCAGACGGCUUUGUAUGUGGACAGUUUGCCAUCCACUAGACCACUUUCGUAUUACGUGGAGAACAACGCAAUGUCACAGUACGAUAUAAUUGCUUAUCAAAAAGGUGGUAGCGUAUUUCGUAUGAUGAAUUAUGCUCUGGGAGGAUCUACUUUCCAGAGAGGUGUUCGACGUUAUCUGGAAAUGAACAAGGACAGCGCAGUGGAUCCACUUGAUUUAUUCGACAGUCUACAAUAUGAAGCUCAAACUGAUGCCUUACUGCCAUUGAACAUAACCGUGGCAACAAUCAUGAGUUCCUGGGUGUUCCAAUCGGGUUAUCCCGUAGUGACGGUGCAAUACUCUCCGACUGAGCCCGAAAUUAUUUUUGAGCAGGAACAUUUCUCAGAAGAACCCGAUCCCCAACGAACUUGGUGGAUUCCGAUUAGCUUCGCAUUGAGUAGUCAACCGGAUCGGGAUGAAACGCAAACCAUUUUCUGGCUACCGCAGGGCACUAAACGGUUCGCGACAAGCCUGGCUAUUCCGGACGAUGCAUUCCUAUUGGCGAACCCCCACCAGACCGGAUACUACCGAGUGAAUUACGACAGUAAUCUGUGGAACCGGUUGAUCAAUCAACUACGCAGGGAUCACACCGUCAUACCACCGGUUUCCAGAGCACAACUAAUCGACGACUCGUUGAAAUUGGUGCAAGCUGGAAUGCUCGAACUGGACACCUGUUUUAGACUUUUCCAAUAUCUGACAGCGGAAGAUGACUACAUUCCGUGGUUUACGGCGUUCGCUUCCGACAACCUACAGUACAUCAACGAUGGUCUGGUGGUUGAUGCGGCUGCCUACAGUGCAUUACAGACUUUCCUGGCUCGUCUGACGGAAAAAGUCCGCCUGACGGUGGGAUUCGAGGAAAGCGCGAACGAACCACACGAAUAUCAACGUCUGAGAGCGAUGGCACUGGAGUGGAACUGCCGCAUGGGAUCGAUGCUUUGCCGAAUCGGUACGCGACAGCUCAUGCAGCAGGAUUUGGACCGGUCAAAGCCACUUCCUGCCUAUCUGAAACACAGCGCCUACUGUGGCGGACUUAUGGAAGCCACCGAGCAGGAGUUUACCGCCGUGCUGGAAGCCUAUCGGGCUUCCUCCGCUGAUGAGGCGGAAAGAAGGACUUAUCUGUCGGCUCUUGGGUGUAGCGAGAAUGAGGUAUUGUUGAAAAAUUAUUUGUCUCUUACUUUGAUUGGGCUGGACGAAUUCGGCGAUUGGUGGUGGAUCUUCUGGUCCGUGUACUCUAGAAACAACUUUGGAUAUGAAGUGUUUCUUAGUUGGUUGGAAGAAAAUGCGGUUAGAGUUAUGGAAGUCUAUGGUGCAGUGCAGGACUUCCAUUGGAUUUUAGCGGAUAUUCAAUCGAGAACCAGCUCUAUAGGCAAAUUUGCAGAGCUCAUUGCAUUGUUGCAAGAGUUUAGGACAGCUGCAUAA